AUGUACGGACAGUCAAAUCACGAUCCCUCACAGCCCGAGUGGCGGCUCCCUCCACGCCUCGCGUCGCAGCCGUCGCAGCCGUCGCAGCCAGGGCCUCCACCUCCUCCUCGACCCCCGGCAGCUCCAUACUCCCCAGCUGCUACAUACUCACCGGCUACUUAUGGACCGAUUUCAGCUCCCCAGAUCCCAAGGUUGUCAUCGCCAGGUGCAGCCCCGGAUACAACCACGUGGGGAGUGCGGUACAACCAAAAUUCCGGCCCCCCAUUGCCACCUCGACCUUCAAGCAGAAAUGAACAACAACAUACCUACGGACAACCUCAGAACCCCGCCAUCGCAACCCCUUUUCAGGGUUCCCUAGCCCCUACAAACGCUCAGCCGCCCCCACCUCCGCCUCCACCUCCAUAUACAUCGACAUCGCCAGUAGGUGUUCCACAACCGCCACCCAAGAUCCCUCAAGGACCUCAACAUGCAGCAACCCUACAAGAUGAUCGGACGGGGAGGGCUCCACUGCUCGCCCAGGGCCCAGGGCCGGCUGCCAUGACAGGGUCUUACGCAUUCCGCCCUUCACCCGUAGUUAAUACAAACACAACGUCUCCCGGCGCGUCGGCUCUGGGCGUUGGGACGCCGUCUGAUUGGGAGCAUCUUGGUCCUACCCCGGGAGACUUUGACGAUGCAGCUUGGUUCCCACCUCGCAGGACGCCUUCUCAACAUCGCGAAAGGUUACAACCCCCUUCAGGGCCUCCAGGCGUUUAUCCUAUUGUGUCCGUGGGAGGCGAGUCUCAUAAUAUCCUGCGCCCAAGGACAGAUACAAAUGAAACGCAUUUAAGUAGUAUCUCUGGGGGGACACAGCCAGGACAAGGCAGCGCAGGUUCGCCCGUCAGUCCAUGCACAACACCACCUCCACUGGCCCGCAUGGACACCAGCAGCUCUGCCAUGUCUAUGAGCGCACAUUCAGAAAGCAUCGAUAAUGUGAUAGAUGCAUGGGCUCGCCCAUUAUCCCCUGCGCAAAAGCCAGUUCAGCCCGAACAUGACCGCCGCCCUAGCCCAUUGUAUCAAACUAGCCCAGUCGAGCGCUCACAGUCAGCGCAAGCUAAUCCGGCUCUUGUCAGUCAUCUGCGGUCAAGCUCGUAUACUUCUGGGCGAAUUGCUGAAAGACCCGAGAGUGUGCCACCCCCGAAACCCGCAGAUCCCUUCGAGGAUUUGGAUCCCUGGUCUAAAUCAUCGUUAGAACGGUGUGUCGCUAUGCUACGUAAGGAAGCAGUGGCCGAUUCGGACGAAGAACGAUAUAAAAUUUUCACGGCCUUCAUGUCCAAGGAGAUCAAGCUCCGAGAGAUUCUUUAUAAUAUUGAGCAUGAACCUGAAAAUGUCCCUGUGACUACGCAGGCUCCUGGCCCCGCUCCUCAGCAACCACUAUCGAUUCCCAAGAAAAUCGAGACGCCGGUGGAAUCGGGGCUGAUACCCGUUGCAUCGGAAGAUAUCGCGCCCCUCUCAGCAACAACAGAAGACGAGGAUAUUGAUGAUGUGGGCAGCGAGUACAGCUCAGGCGGUCGGCCCCUUCUCGGCAAGCAGGCGCGACAGGGCUCGCAGUUCCUUCCCAGCCUAUCUACGGUGCCCCCGGGCGCAGAUCAAAACGACCGCUUCGCGAGACCCUUGUCGAUAGCCAUUUCUGCGGAUUCGCAGAAGCAAGCAUUGGAGCCUUUGACCACAAACCCUCCGCGGCCCAUAUACACACCAUUCCAAUAUACAGAAGGUCCCCAGAGAGGCUCGGAUGACCUUACCUUUGCUCGCCCAGCUUAUCAAGGCUACUCUGAUCUCCGGCAGGCAGCCAUUAGUGGGCGAGUCAUGUCAAAUACACCGGCACCUGCAUCUCGACCGCGGUCCAAUACUGCAAUUCCCUCCCCAGCCGAACAGGAUGAGACUUUCCUUGGUCUCAUCCGCCACAAGAGUGUCGCUUACUUGAAACCUGCAGAGCGAAACUCCCCGCCGCUUCCAGUGUUGCCAGAAGUUCUUCGUCAAGGCCCACCGACUGGCCUUGUAGAAGAAAUACGCACCAUCGUGUGGACACCUCUAAAUAAGCAGUCCGACAGCUCCUGGCAUAUCACUACUCGGGAUGAACUUGAGAAAUUCUCCGAUGAUUUCUCGUACAUCCAACGUACAGUUGAUCAGUGGGAGGAAACCGCGCAAGCCAGGCGACAAAAGCUGGACCAGGAGCGCACGGUUCGUCAAGACGAAUCCGAAGAGCAUAUCGACGAGCUCUUCAAUGGGAAGUUGAUCGGAUAUGCGGAUAUCAAUACCUUGGAAGAGGAAUUUAGACAAACCGAAGCUCGGGUCCAAUUAGAGGAGGAACGACAUGAAGUAGACGAUUUCAUCGCGCACAUCUUCAACCCCUUAGAUGAAGGCCUGAAGAAUGAGAUUUCGGUGCUUCGCAAGUCGUACGACUCUGCUCUCAAUCAACUCGACCGUGAUCAGCAGAACGAAGGCUUAGCAGCCGAGCGACGCAGUCCGUCCGUCACCAUGAAAAUGGUCAACGAACUUCAUAACAAGCUCGAGAUUCGGUUCCAGAAACGCCUUGACCUGGCACUUGACUGCGAGCGACGACGGAAGAAGGCUGAGCGGCGACCGCUUGUGUUUAUGGGUGACCUGGCAGGUCUGCGAAAGUUAGAUGGCGAGUUUGACCAGAUGGAGCUCCGCAACAUUCUGGAGGCUUGUAAGGAUCGUGAUGACCGAGCCAACCGACUCAUGGAUUCGUUUGACGAUGCGAUCUUGCAUGGUCUGGGUAUAAAUCAGAGCCUCCUGGAUGAGGUUUCCUCGAAAGCAAAUCGACUAGAUUCGGCUGCUCUUCGUGCUUCCGGGCUGCCAGAUUCCGAGAUUGAGCAGAUCCUUAAAUCCGCUGCCACCUUUGCGGCGUCGCUCAGAGCAGAUUCUGAGGCCAUCAUCCGCAGCUCUGGGGUUGCGGAUAUGGCUCUCAACGAUGCCGACUACGGAGUUUCCGUCGCCGAAGCGCGAUAUGCCAAUUCAGAUCCGGAUAUUUUCCACCGUCUGGCGGAUGAGAAGAAAAAAGAGGAUGAAAAAAUUCAGAUUGAUCUAGAUUCGAAGUUACAGAGCAUUCAGAAGGGGCCUGUGCAGAUUGCAGCUACAAUUGAGCAUCUUCUCCUUGGCUUGCGCAACGAGCCCCAAGCCGCUGCACCAAUUCGUCCUCUCCCGGGCUCUGUUCCGACCAGUCCAUCCGGGGAGGUUCCUCUACCUCCGAGUCUACGCCCUUCGACUGCUAUUCCCGGUCCAUCUUCCAGUCCAGUGCCCGUGCGCCAAAGCACAGACGAAGAGUCGGAACACAAACAGAGGCUCCGCAAAGCACUCGACGAUGCCAAAAAGCGCAACGCUGCUAGGGUUCAGCAUUAA